AUGCCUAUCACCGAACUCGCCCUUCUCCACCUCACUCCCGGCACCACAAUCGACGAUGCAGCCCUCCGUUCGAACCUAUCUCAUGCGAAAACCGUCCUGCAGAACUAUACAGGCCGCGCCUUUUACUACAUGCAGCAAACGGAAGACCCAUCAUGCAUCUACGUCAUCGGGGAAUGGGACUCGCUGGAUCAGCACCUAAACGACUUCAUCCCAAGUGCAGAUAACCAAGCAUUGCUGGAGAGCUUGGAGCACGCCCUUACCGUAGAAUCCAACCUCGAACAUCUCGAUGUAGCGAACGCCGAUCUUCCCUUACCGACGAGUCCUGCGCUACUCGAACAAGCAAGGACGGGGGAGUUGGUAUGGAGUGUUGUCCACCAUACCAUCAAGGCUGGGGAGAAACAUCGGUUUCUGGAUACUUUCCAUGCAAAUAAGCGGUAUUUGCAAGAUUCCAUCACUGAGCUGGACGGUAAGAUUGGGGGUGGGUGGUGUGUUGGCCAGGGAAAAGAGAAUGUGUUUGUACUUCUUUGUCCGUGGAAGAGUGUUGACCAACAUGAGGAGUUUGGCAAGACGGAGGGAUUUCAGAAGUAUGUGAAGAUUACGGAGUGGAUUGAUGGGGCGGAUAUCAAGCAUGCCAAGUUUCUGGAUAUCUGA